CGGCGCGCAGCCUCACUUGAACGCAGAACUUAUAGAUACCGUGUGUCUACAACCAGGAAAUCAUUCACGAGCCGUUUUCCGUUAUAAUCAUAUUAAGCCCGUUUGUAAAAAAUGGCAAAUCCUCGGGUUUUCUUUGAUAUCACUAUUGGAGGCGCUCCAGCUGGGAGGAUUGAAAUGGAGCUCCGGGCAGAUGUGGUCCCAAAGACAGCAGAAAACUUCCGUGCUCUGUGCACCGGAGAGAAAGGUUUUGGCUACAAGGGCUCCAGCUUUCACCGCGUCAUCACUGACUUCAUGUGCCAGGGUGGAGACUUUACAAAGGGUAAUGGAACUGGGGGAAAAUCCAUCUAUGGGGAGAAGUUUGCUGAUGAGAACUUCCAGCUGAAGCACACAGGAGCUGGCAUACUGUCCAUGGCUAAUGCUGGGCCCAACACCAACGGAUCCCAGUUCUUCCUCUGCACGGUUAAAACUGCCUGGCUCGACGGGAAGCAUGUGGUGUUUGGCAGUGUUGUGGAGGGCAUGGAUGUCGUCAAAAAAAUAGAGGCAGUGGGCUCUCGUGACGGCAAGACUUCGAAGAAGGUCGUCAUCGCCGACUGUGGUCAGCUAUAAUACUGUGAAGAAACUUCUUCAGUUCAGCCUGUUCACCUGUCAGAUGUGUCCUUUUAUCAUCCACAUCCCAGUAUUCUUCGACGGGAUGUGUAUCUGCAGAAUCAGUGGAGAAACAGCCAAUGCGCCCACUUAUUCAACUGCAAAUGUUUCACUCCUGUGCUGAUAUUUGUUGUGUAUUAUUUUGUACCUUCUAAUCUGUUUAAGGACCACAUUUGUUAACAAAAUCUGAAUAAAUAAAAUAAAAAAAAAACACUGAAUUAAACCACUUGAAAGCUUAA